AUGGCGCUACGUGUUCUUUGCGCGCUGCUCAUUACUUUCCAAGUGGUUUGUGCUGGUGAACCUUACAGAAAUGAUGGACUGAUGGACCGAUUGAGCAGCGGGAUGAAGUUUGCUCAGAAUUUACUUGGUUCCGAAUCCGUGGCACUAAAAGUAGCAGAAUUCGUGGUCAGAGCAUUCCAAACUGCCAACAAACCUGCAAGUACCAACCGGAGGUGGCCUCAAAACGAUCUGCACAGCGAGGAAUCUUCAGCAAGCAGUGAAAGCGAAUCAUAUACUCAAGACAAAGGCCCGGAUUAUGACGUCAAUGAAGCCCAGAGUCCUUUAACGCCUCUGCGUCAAAUAGUGCGACUGUUUGGAUUGCAGCCGAACCAAAUAAGCGCAGUGGCUGUGAACGCUAUAGUGUUUGUGGCACAAAUGAUUUCUACGUUUCUCUCAGCACCAAGAAGACCAUCAAAACCCUAUCGAUCUGAGGACCCCACAACUUGGAUCCUCAACAAGAACUCGAGGAGUCUUCAGGACCUUAUCGCUGCAGCUAAAAACGAAUCCUUGCCUGACACCAUUGACGAAUUAAUUCAAGAUCAGGGUACAGAGGAAGAAACAAGCUGUAUCAGACUCUUGGUUUGCAAAGUAACUCCAUUUAUUUCUAAAAUGCAGAAAACUGUUUUUGGAAAUGAAGAGGGGUUGAAAGAUGAGAAGUUUGCUAAAGAACUUCGCGGUUCGGCAGUCAUGUACCGCCAUCUGCCGACUGCGGAAGAAAUUAACGCACGCAACGACAUCUGUGAACAACAACACAAAGAUUGUAAUCUUAAUGAAUGAAAUGUUGCGCAGACGCAGUGCUAAUUUGUUCGGUUAAGUUUUUUGAUAUGUUUUUAAGCACUUUUAUUUUUGUAGU